UGAAACGAAUUGGGCAGAUCCUGCAGAGCUAAAGGCAAAGCCGCGCGCCGUGCUUGCAGCCUCCCUCCACCUCCGGAAACUCGUGCCGCACCCGAGGGAUCCAUCAAUGGGCAAACUUUCUUGUCAGAGCUCCUGGAAAGGACAGAGGCAGUGAAAAUCUAAUCAAGAGUGAUCUUAGGCCAGCUCUAUGGCCUAAGGAGAAGAUGGCAAGUACAGGUACCCCCGUCAGCUGCAGAAUGAUCACAGGGGACCAGAACCCAGAGGAGCAGAACCCAGAGGAGCAGUUUUUCUAUGAGUUCAUAUUCAGGCUCUUCAAAGAAAAUAAGGUGGAGAUUGCAAGUGCAAUAACAAAGCCGUUUCCUUUCCUCAUGGGCCUCCGAGAUCGGGGCUUCAUCCCUGAGCGGAUGUAUGAGCAUUUUCAAGAAGCUUGUGGAAAUCUGGUCCCAGUGGAAAGAGUGGUGUAUGAUGUUCUUAAUGAACUGGAGAAGAAAUUUGACAAGACAAUUCUGGAUGCCGUGUUCAGCAGAGUUAACCUGAAGGCCUAUCCUGAUUUACUCCAGAUUUGCAGAAACUUCCAAAAUGUGAUUCAUGAAAACUUCUAUUACCAAACCAUUGGUGAAGGAGAGACAAAGGAGACACUCAACUUACAAUUAAACCAUGAACAAGUGUCCUUGGAACAGUCACCUGUCCAAAUGAACAAUGUAAUAAGGUUAGAAGAUGUACCCAGCUUACUGCCAUAUGACAGACAAGGGAACAACCAUGCCUGUUGGGAGACCUGUGUUGGAGAAGAGCCCCAGAGAGCUCUGAACUUCCCAUCAAGAUGUGAGUUGGUGACCUGUUAUCCCAAAGCUCCCCAACUGACGCACGAAGGAGAACCCAAGGAGGUGCUCAGCCUACUACCAGGAGAGGGAGAAGUGUCCUGUGAUCCUGAAGCUUCCCAAAUGACCAACGAAGAAGAACCAGAGGAGCUGCCUAGUCAACCCCUAUGUGAUGGAGGAGGAAGCAGUACCUGUUCAGAAAUGUGUGAUGAAGAAGAACCCCAGGAAUCCUUGAGCUCACUACCAAAAGGUGGAACAGUAUCUGGCAAACUAGAAGCUCUCCAAAUGAAUACAGAAGGAGAUUCUGAAGAGCUAACUUCUAGCCCACUAUCUUAUGAUGGACACAGAGCAGAGCUACCAACAUCUGGAAAUGAGAAGUGUUCCUGUGUUAUGUGUUUCUCAAAAGAUGUGCCAGGAGGACCAGAAGGAAGUACUGAAAGUAAAGAAGCUAGUGACAAGAUGGAUACUGUGGAUCUUGGAAACAACUCUACUUUGGGAAAACUCAAGAGGAAAAGAAAAAAAAGGAAAGGGCAUUCCUGGACAAGAGUAAAAAUGAAACUUCAGAGAAACAUACAUCAAAAAGACAACAGCAAUGCUGAUGGCCAAGUGUCCUCGAGUGGAAAGAAGGUGAAAAUGAAUCUGCAGGACCCUGCCAAAAUCAGGAGGAGAAAGAGAGGCAGACAGAGACUCCACUUAACUCAUAGUGACAGAGCCCCACAGAAAAAAGUUAAGUCAAGAGGGCAAAGAAAGCACAGAUGUGAAAAAGUGAAUUUUCACUCUCAGAUACUUCCUGUGACCUGUGGUAAGGUGAAGGGGAUGUUACAUAAGAAGAAAUUGAAAGAAGGAGUUUGGGUGAAGUGUAUACAGAGUGAGAGUGGAGGCUGGUUCACCCCCAGGGAAUUUGAAAUCAGAGGAGGCCAUGAAAGAUCCAAGAACUGGAAGAUAAGUGUUCGCUGUGCUGGGAUGCCCCUACGUUGGCUGAUCGAGAAAAGAUUUCUCCAUAACCCUCCAAGGAAAUAUGGCAGGAUAAGAAAGAAAAGAGUACCGAAGUCUCACGACAAUACUUUAGAUAACCUUUGUCUGGGAAACUCAGAUGUGUGUGAGACGUGCCGGGAUGGAGGAAAGCUGUUUUGCUGUGAUACUUGUUCGAGAUCUUUUCAUGAGGACUGUCACAUCCCACCUGUGGAAACUGAGAGGAGCCUGUGGAGUUGCACCUUCUGCAGGAUAAAGGAGUCUUCAGGAAGCCAGCGAUGUCUCGGGGAAUCUGGGGUCCUGGCAAGGCAGAUGCAGCCCGAGGAGCAGUUGAAAUGUGAGUUCCUCCUCUUGAAGGUCUAUUGUCAUUCAGAGAGCACCUUUUUUGCGAAGAUUCCAUACUACUAUUACAUUAAAGAGGCUUCUAAAAACCUGAAGGAACCCAUGUGGUUGGACAAGAUCAAGAGGAGGCUGAAUGAGCAGGGUUACUCCCACGUGGAGGGGUUCGUGCAGGACAUGCGCCUCAUCUUUCAGAACCACAGGGCAUCUUACAAGUUCAACGACUUCGGCCUAAUGGGACUUAGACUGGAGGCAGAAUUUGAGAAGAAUUUCAAGGAAGUGUUCACUAUUCAGGAAACGAAUGAGGACAGUUCCCUGGAAUAGCGGAUGUUGUUAGUGUCCUGGAAAACCCCUUUUGGAGUAGGCUUCCCAUCCCCCGACCGCAUGGAAGCCUGGCUGCUUAUGCUGCUCCUUCCCAGAGCACAUUGCCUUCCGCCAGAUGGAGCCAGCUUCACCUGGAGGGUCACACUUCCUUGGCCUGGGGGCCAGCCUCCAGUGCCAGGGUGGACUCAACCUUGUGUUACGAUUCAUGCUCCUGUGUUCCUCAUGAGAUCAGGCUAGAGCUAGUCUGUGGCUGUGAUCACAUCCUUGCUUAGCUUUUCCUACAAUCCUGCUUCCCUCCCGCCUUCCUCCCAAAGAAACUCACAAUAAAUCCCUUACUUAAGAGACUUUAUCUCAGGCUCUGCUUCUAGGGAACCCAACUUAAAGUAAUGAUCCUAGCAAGCAGGCUGCAAGGGUACGUUCUGGAUUUGAAUCACGGUCUGGCCAGCUGGUGAUGGGUGGUAUAUUGCUGGUCCCUGGUGUGCUCUAAUGGUGCCUUUGCCAAACUUUCACCUUUGGGAAACUCGAAGAGAUAAAGAGGAUUUCACUAGCUUUUGAAAUUGGCAUUCACAAAGGGAGAAAUGGUAAAUGGAAUUGUAGAUUUUGGUGGCUAUUGCUAAGUGCCCCUAAUAUAUUGAAAAGAAUAAAUGACAGCCUUAAAUCUGUUAGUCAAAGCAAAGACACCCUUACAACUGCAGCUGGAAGGCAGACAAAAGGAAGGCCUGACACAGGUCCCAGUUUUAAGAAUGGCAGAGCAUAGGAGACGACUGAAGUGUGAACUGGGAUGGCCUCCUGUGCCAAAGGCAGAGCCCUGGUAAAGGAGGAGUGCAGUCCUGAAUCAGAAUCAGCCUUUCCAGGUAGAUGCAAGUGAGAAUCUGGAGCUCCAGGUCUCCCUCAACACACAGGGCCUGCACAAGAAUUCCCUACCCUUUGCUGGAAGACCAGACCCCCUACCCUAGCCCAUCCUAAUCUAGCUCGAAGGAAGACUGCAGAGUCCUCCCAGCAUAUGGCCCCACUGAGAAAGUCCCGGGCUGUCCUGCCAGCUGAAGAGAGCAUUUACCCCAGUGGAGCUGCAGGACUGGCCAACAUGUGCCAGCAGGUACCAGGAGAUUGUGUCUGGGGGGGGGGUCCUGGACAAAGAAGGGGAAUAUGAGACUGGAAAAGGGAAAAUUGUCAACACAGAAGCACUGUCCUGUGUCAAGAAGUUUAAUUAGCCUGGCAAGGGCCAAAGGGGAUGAAUCAAGUAUGCUCCUGGGUGGCUC